CUCCUGCGCGCAAGGCUGGGAUCACGGCAUAAACUAUUGUCUGCAAGUGGCUUAGGAGGCAGCCGCGGUGCGCACAGUGCGGGUGUAUGGAGACAAAGGAGGGAAGAAGCAUGUCCCGUCUGUCUCUAACACGAUCCCCGGUUUCUCCUCUGGCUGCUCAAGGAAUUCCGCUCCCGGCGCAGCUCACCAAGUCCAAUGCCCCCGUGCACAUCGACGUAGGAGGACACAUGUACACCAGCAGCCUGGCCACCCUCACCAAGUAUCCGGAUUCCAGAAUAAGUCGUCUGUUUAAUGGUACAGAGCCUAUUGUCUUGGACAGUUUAAAACAACAUUAUUUCAUUGAUCGAGACGGUGAAAUUUUCAGAUAUAUAUUAAGCUUCCUAAGGACAUCUAAACUACUGCUCCCAGAUGACUUUAAGGACUUUAAUCUUUUAUAUGAAGAAGCAAAGUAUUACCAGCUGCAGCCAAUGAUUAAGGAACUUGAGCGAUGGAAACAAGAGAAAGAACAAAGGAAACAUUUCCAGCCUUGUGACUGCUUGGUCGUAAGAGUGACUCCAGAUCUGGGGGAAAGAAUCGCAUUGAGCGGGGAGAAAGCUCUAAUAGAAGAGAUCUUCCCUGAGACAGGGGAUGUCAUGUGCAACUCCGUAAACGCAGGGUGGAACCAAGACCCUACCCACGUUAUUAGGUUUCCUUUGAACGGAUACUGCCGGUUGAAUUCAGUGCAGGUGCUUGAAAGAUUAUUUCAGAAGGGGUUUAACGUGGCAGCUUCCUGUGGCGGCGGGGUGGAUUCCUCCCAGUUCAGCGAAUAUGUGCUGUGUCGCGAGGACAGACGACCACAACCUACCCCAACGAUCAGAAUAAAACAGGAGCCCCUGGACUAGAACCUACCCUCACUCCUUUGUAACCGUAGAAGUGUUUAAUAGUCCCUUAUGUGAAACACUAAGGAUUUGCAAACAGUAUUAGCAAACAGAUUUUGACUUCAUGUUGCCAAUUAGUGGUAUUCUGAAACUACCUGUCACAAAGCCAGCCAUGAAAUGCAUUUGGGAAACCCGUUGUCUGUUUUCCACGGUGGAAGCGCUGCGCGAGCUCGGCGCACCCGGCUCUGUGGGAAGGUGCUGGCAGCUGCACAGCUGUGGUGGUGGCAAAGGCGAAGCUCCAGCGCAGUCCUGACCCGAGCCGGGACUUCUGCAGAAAGACCAAUUAAAGCAAUUUGAAUUUAGCAGGAGGAGAACCGAAUCUGACAGCGUUUCCAGCGACAGCCGCCCCCACAGCCGCUGCUGACUGCAGGGAAGCGGAGGCCACCCCAAGGAAGAGGAGACACUAAAAACUGCGCCCAGAAUCUUCCCUGACCGCACACUUUCCUAGAAGAUGUGCUUUACACCUCCAUACGUUGCAUCACACUUCUGUGAUUGUACUCAUGCUAGCAAAUGGCUUAUUUUUAUACAACAUUUCCAACUGAAAUCUCUCUCUGUGGACAGAAUCCAGAAUCAGAAAAGGACCGAUUUAUAGUCAACUGGUGCUCAGUACUUUAAAACAAACAAACAAA